AUGUCACACGUAGUGUUGGACACCAGCUGGGAGAUCACCACCAAGGACUUGAAGGAGAAGAAGGAGGUUGUGGAGGAGACAGAGAAUGGAAGAGUUGCCCCUCCUAAUGGGAAAGCUCAUGAGGAAAAUAGGGAGCAGGAGGCUGGCAAGGAGGUAGAUGAAGAAGAGGAAGAAGGUGGGGAGGAAGAGGAGGAAGAAGCUGAUGAUGAGGAAGAGGAUGGAGAUGAAGAUAAGGAAGCUGAAGGCACCACGGGCAAGUGGGCAGCUGAAGAUGAUGAGGACGAUGAUGUUGACACCAAGAAGCAGAAGACUGAUGAGGAUGACUAGACAGCAAAAAAGGAAAAGUUAAACUUAAAAAAA